AUGGCGGUUUCGCAUUCAAGACUUCCGAGCACUGAGCUAGCUUUGCACAGUCGAGGGUCGUCACCUGCGCUUAGCGACCAUGAUUCGUAUCUAUCGGAGCUCUUGUCCGAGAGGCAAAAACUUAGCCCUUUUAUGCAAGUGUUGCCGAUAUGUAGCCGCCUGAUGAAUCAAGAAAUUGCUCGAGUCACAUCCCUCGUUGGCGCUCAAGUGUUUAUGGACCAUGAUUCAAUCGAGCACUCGCCUCCGAUGUCACAUCAGCCACAUUCGUCUCAUCAGCAAAUAACUCACCAACAUUUAUCGCAUCAGGCACUCACUCAUCCUCCGCAUCCACCUCAUCAGUUUCAUGCAACUCAUCAAGGCCAUAUCUCUCAUCAGUCUCAGCAGAUUCGGCCUUCGUCUAGUGGAUCGCCGUUUGAUUCCGGAACUUGGGCUCCGAUGCCAUCUGAGGUUGGGCCAUCGUCUUCUCUAUUCUUGAUGCAACCAACGAGCCAACCGUCAGCUACCGGGACGCUUGUAGGCUGGACGGCUCAGCCUGGCGCUGCUCCGAUCGUAAAGAAGACGAGCCGUUUGGAGGUUCCGGUGGAUAAAUACCCUACAUUUAACUUCGUCGGAAGAAUCUUAGGGCCACGAGGGAACUCUCUGAAACGAGUUGAAGCGCAGACAGGUUGUCGUGUUCUCAUUCGCGGACGUGGGUCAAUAAAGGACGCUGGCAAGGAGGAGAAGAUGCGAGACAAGCCUGGAUUUGAACAUUUGAACGAGCCUCUGCAUGUUAUCGUGGAAGCAGAGCUCCCUGCGAAUGUUGUGGACGCGCAGCUUGCUCAAGCGUGCGAAAUACUUCAAGAAUUACUCAGGCCUGUGGACGAAACUCAUGAUGUGGUCAAACGUGCACAACUUCGUGAAUUAGCCAUUCUGAAUGGAACCCUUCGGGAUGACCUGGGAGCUCACAGUUUGUUCUCAGCACGCUCAAGGCUGAUCCCACAUUUCCUGUGUGGCAAUGCGUUUCAUCCGUCCUGGAUGAUUAAGCCUAUGUGCCUCUGUUUGAGGGUAAACAUCAUGAUGCCUUUCACCAGCACAGCAUGCUGGAGCUGGGGUUACAGAUUUAAUGGCAGCGUGUCCGCAAGAUUCAGAGAACGUUACCACACCCUUGCCGUACCAGUUAUUCAAGCCAUCGUCCACUUCAACAUUUCUGUUCCAAGCGACGGAUACGACCAGGCCUACAGAUCAGAUGCCCAAUACAAUAUUGUGAAGGCCAAGAUUGGAUACUGA